AAGGCUAGCUCUUUACAGUAGUAAAGGUUUAAAGAUAAAAGUGAAUCUUUCCUUUGAUCUUUUCAUUUUUUUUUUCAAGUAUUUUACUCCCCUUUAUUAUUUAUUUUUUAUUUUUUUUUUUUACUAUUGUCGCUUAGAGGGGGGUUGAUUGUUUUUUUUUUUCAUGUGUGCGCUUGCGUAUUGUGUUUAAAUUAUCACUAAAGACAGCUGAAGAGAAAAAAUAAUAAAUAAAAAAAAAGAGGAGUUUUGCUUGUUGAAACUUGGGGGUUGAAUAAAAUAGAUAAUUAAUUGUUGACAAGUGCACUUGUCACUUGAAUAUAUUCUAUAAAUAUUAAAUAUGUCAUCAAAAUAUGUUGAACUUGCAACAGUUGCAACUGGUUAUGCAAAAAGAAUGAAUCGUUUGAGUGCUAGAAUAUUUGGUGAACCAACAAGACCAACAAAGCCAAGAAAUAUGAAAAUAGUUCAAUUAUUUAGUGAAAAACCAGUUAAUAAAAGACCAGAAAUUGUUGAUUACUAUCCAAGAGUACCAGAAAUUGGAUGGAUGAUGUAUAAUUUACGUGAAUAUGGAUUAUUUAGAGAUGAACAUCGUGAUUUUAAUGAAGAAAUUGAAAGAACACGUAUUCUACGUGGCAAAAAACCAAGAGUUGGAUUUAAAAACCUCAAAAAAAAGAAUCAAGAACCAGAAAAAAAUUAAUACAAUUUUAUGUAACAAUUGCUAUUAUCAAUUUAUUAUUAGUUAAUAAAUGUACAAAAACAAACUGUAUGGAUACUUAAUUAUUAUCAAAGGAAAAAAAUGAAAAAAAAAAAGAUUCAUAUUAAUUUUAAAAAUACAUAUUUACAAAAAAAAAAAAACUGGAAGAUAAUUGUAAAUAUUUGUUGGUUGAGAAUUCUUUUUUACAGUUCAAUCUUGACAUCAUUUUUGGUUUUUUUAGUCUUCUUUGAGUCUUUUUUAGAGUCUUUCUUA